CUACCCCGCGCUCUCCCAGGAUAAGAUGACGCCAUUCGGACUUAACGCUCGGUAUUAAUCAUCACUAUACAUACCCCAACGUCUAUUCAACUACAUAUAAACGCUACCGUCUGUAUACCCGAUUCAUGUCUUUGGUUUUACACUCUGUUCGAACUGCCCGAGUACUCGCCAGACCCAUAGCUGCGUCCACAAGACUUUCUUCACUGAGCUCACACUUUCAGACUAGUUCAAGAGCAUUCGGAUUUCGAAAGAUGUCGUCGCUACCGAAAACCAUGAAGGCGGUCAUCAUUGAGAAGACAGGCGGCACAGACGUCCUACAGUACAAGACCGACUGGCCCGUCCCCGAGCCAAAAGAUGGCGAGGUACUAGUCAAGAACGAGUACAUAGGAAUAAACUACAUCGACACCUACUUCCGCUCAGGCGUCUACCCGCUCCCGGAAGUGCCCUUCAUCCUCGGCCGGGAGGGAAGCGGCACCAUCGCCGCCGUCGGCGCAAACGCACCCUCGGACCUGAAAGUCGGAUCACGCGUCGUAUACAUGGGCACGCAGGCGUACGCCGAGUACACGCCCGUGAGCGGCAAGAGCACAAUCCCCAUCCCGGACUCCAUCGAUAGCAAGAUCGCGGCCGCGGCCUUGCUCCAGGCCCUCACGGCACUAACCCUCAUCCGCGAAGCGUACCCCGUGCAGAAAGGCGACUGGGUGCUCGUCACUGCCGCGGCUGGCGGAGUGGGGCUAUGGCUGUGUCAGAUGCUUCGGGCGGUGGGCGCGCGCACGAUUGCUACGGCUAGUACGGAGGAGAAGAGACAGCUUGCCAAGGAGAAUGGCGCUGAGGUGCUGCUGGAGUACCAUGAAGAAGAUCGGGAUGUGUUUGUCAAGAAGGUUCUUGAGAUUACGGGGGGCGAGGGUGUGCACGCCGUGUUUGAUUCCGUGGGCAAGGACACGUUUGAUAGCAGUCUGGCUGUUGUGCGGAGGAAGGGCACGAUGGUUAGCUUUGGUAAUGCGUCGGGUCCUGUCACGGGCUUCAGUUUGGCGCGCCUGUCCGCGAAAAACGUCAAGCUCCUCCGCACCACGCUGUUCAACUACAUCGCCACGCGCGACGAGCUCGUACAGUACGCCGACGAGCUGUGGAAGUUUAUCGAGAAGGAUGGUCUGAAUGUUAGGAUCCACGAUGUGUAUCCUUUGGCGGAUAUUGCGCGGGCGACGCAGGAUAUUGAGGGUAGGAAGACGACUGGUAAGUUGGUGUUGAAGCCAUAGGUUGUUAGUUUCGUAUGAAGAUAGGGGUAUAUUAUGUUAUUGUGUAGUGUUCGUUUGGAGGGUGUGGGUGUUCAAAGCAUUGCUUUUCGGCAUGUUGUGGUGUAUGUGAAGUCUUCUUCCUCUGUUUCUGUGUGUCUUUCGGUGGAUGUGGAAUACGGAUGCGUGGACUGCGGAACUCUGACGCUUCGCUUUCUUGCUGGU